GACGAAGUCAACGACAUAUGGCUUGAUGGCGGCAGGUGAAGCUGAGGUGCGACCUUGAAGAUGGAUCAGGCUGAGGCGGCGCGUAGCCUGUGCAAGGGGUGAAAAGGGGUGCAGUCUGCACUCUGUGGACCACCAUGCCAGAUAAAUUGCCAGAGGCGCAGGCAAUGAUGAGAAGCAAGUUGCUGCGACUUCUAACAAGGGACUAGAGGCCUCGUCUUGGUAAUCCUUAAUGAGGUCCACUCUGUUUCUGAUUUUGAAGUUGCUUAUGUCCGUCAGAAGUCAGCGCUGCCAACGCAUCUGGACAUCUGAAGAUGUCUCGCCCGGCGGUGGUGCUGCAAGAUGUAGCCUCGAAGGAGGAGCACAGGCUCCCCCUGUAUUAUGUUGAAGAGAUGGAGGGUCAAGUGAUGGGACACCUUUCUUGGGACUGUGUUCUAAAGGCAUUCAAAGCCAGUGAAAUUGAGAUAGAGGGGAAAUGUCUACCCUCAGUUUUCAAGUCGGGAAUUAGGGCAGGGUUGACCAGAGAUUGGUUCCAUUCUGGCACCGUCGUAAAAGUAAACGUUGAGAAGGAGGAUGAAUGGCCCCAGCUGAUUGCAUCCGGACUUGAUAGCUUCCGGGGACUUCUGAAGCAGGCGCAUGUAACGUGCAUAGAUCCUGAAGUGAUGGAAACAAUUGCCCGGCAUCUUCCUUGGCACAUGUUAGUGGCUUACACGCCUGGCCUGGCUCUGGACCUCUACGAGCGAGCACAACUGAUUCCGGGCGAGUCAACGCGAACGCACCUGCUAGCACAGCAUGGAGUAAGAGUGGGCGGUCCAUUCUUCUGGGGAAAUUGGAACUGUGCCUACACCGUCGAGGAUUGGUCGCCCUCGUUGCUGCAGGGCGUCGAUCGCCAAGGCCGGCCGCGCGUCGUAAAGUUCCUGCGCGCGAGCGUGCCAAGCGACGGUUCGGAGCAGCCAGGCGGUUCGGAAGCGCGCGCGUGCCGCGCCCUGCUGCCUGAGGCAAAGUGGGAAGGGAUCCCCCUGAUCGACGCAGAGGUGCUGGAAUUGACACUGCCCGAAAUGGACCGGUCAACGGACCGCCCGCCGGGCCGUUACGCAGUUCUUGUGUGUCAGCAGUACUGCGUUUCGGUCGCUUCGAUUCUGCAGCUGCCGGAGGUGGCGAUCGAGAGAGAAGCUCGGAGUAUGAUUACGGCUCUUUCUUACAUGCACAACAAGGGGUUAGUACAUAUGGACGUUAAGAGCGAGAACGUCUUCAUCGACGCGGACGGGCGGUGGUUCCUGGGAGACUUCGGGUCCACUGUCCCCGUUGGCGCACCUGUGGUUUCUACCACAAGAUGGUUUACUGCGUUUGACUUGUUCGGAUCACCCGCGAAGGAAGAGUACGACUGGUACAUGUUGGCCGUCAUGCUGGCAGUCGAACUAGACAAGGAUGAUUGGAGGGACCGCCUGAUUGUAGGCUCCCAUACUCCACCGGCUAAGCUUGUGGCCGCCUUGCAAGUGGCCAAGAGCCCAACUCUCCUCAACCUCAUCAAGGAGAUCCUUCAACUCGCGGGUGUGUCAAACAGCUGAUAAGUUUGCCUUGGAAUGAACCUGAUUCUUGUUGGAUUCUGGUCAGGUAGUCAAGUCAUUGUUCCAGCCAUAUCACAUUCCGAGGCACAUUCGUCAGACUGGUCAGACGGUAUGCCUUUUCGUCCG